UCGUUCCAUGUCGGAAAAGAGGCUAUGUUGUGCUGUGAUGCGGAUUAACAUGGAUUGCAAUGCUUGUUGUAGAAAAGUAAGAAGGAUUCUUAUCAAUAUGAAAGUUGAGACACACGUGAUCGAGAAAAAGGAACGCAAGAUAAUUGUGUGCGGACAAUUUAGACCAUCGGAUAUUGCAGUAAAACUGCAGAAGAAAAUGAAACGGAGGGUUGAGAUUCUCGAAAUUGAACAUCUCUCUGGCGACCACGGCGGAGGAGAAGAAGAGCACUACCAUGAACCACAGUAUGAAUAUCCCGUACAACCUGAUCAGGUGACCACACCAUUGUUGUGUUAGUUCUCUUUAAUUCGUUUGGUCUCUUAUCAUCUACAAUAUAUGUAUAACAUCAGAAGAAAACAAGUUUGUAUAUACAUGAUAUCCACUGUAUAUUUAGUUCGGCAUUAUGAAUAUAAUUAAUCUCUAGUACCGUUUGUUACUUUUUGUCAUUCCAAGA